CCCCGCGGCAGCGCAUCCCCGGAGCGGGUGGGGAAGGCAGCCCCGCGCCGCCCGGCCCCACCAUGACUUCCAAAGAAGAAGCCAAGCCUUCCUCGGGGGAAGAACGACGGAGGAGCCCUUUGGAUCACCUCCCGCCUCCGGCUAACUCCAACAAACCCCUCACCCCUUUCAGCAUCGAGGACAUCCUCAACAAGCCGUCGGUGCGGAGGAGUUACGCGCUGUGCGGGACGGCCCACCUGCUGUCCGCCGCCGAGAAGCACCCCGCGGCCGGGCUGCCGCUGUCGGGCCGGGCGCUGCUCUCGCAGACGUCGCCGCUGUGCGCCCUGGAGGAGCUGGCCAGCAAAACCUUCAAGGGGCUGGAAGUCAGCGUGCUGCAGGCG